UGGGGAUCACCGCGUCUAAACAAAACCUCCCCACUCCAAAAAUCCUCUUCCUCUUCUUCCCCGACGAUGCGACGAGCACUCUCGAGAAUCCCACGGCUUUCCCUGAGCUCCCACUCUGAUUCCCUUCCUCCUCUUCCUCCUCUUCCCAGCGCUUCUCUUCCACCUCCUCGUCGUCGCCGCUACUUCACCUUCGGGUCUCGCGCCGCAGAGAUCCCGUGCGGUUUCGUGAAGCGAGCGUCGCUGGGAUGCUGCAGGGGUUCGCGAUUCGCCGCCGGGUUCACGCCGCUGCAGCCCAAAGCGCUGGGCUCCAUCAUCGACCUCGGCAGGGCCGAGAACUGCUCCCCCGACGACCUCGUCUCCGUCUGGGACGAUUAUCACUUGGGAAGAGGUCAUAUAGGUGCAUCCAUGAAAGCAAACCUGUACCAUCUUCUUGAGCAAAGAUCAGCCACUUGCCGGCAUUUCGUUAUUCCUUUGUGGAGAGGAAGCGGAUAUACCACUAUGUUCAUUCAAGUUCAGAUGCCGCACAUACUCAUCACGGGCCUUGAGGAUUACAAGGCAAGAGGAACUCAAGCGAGCCCCUACUUCACCGUCACCCACUACACCGAAUUUGCGGAAAGUAAGGGUGUGGUGCUUAUCCGCGGGGAUGUAGUAUUCACCAGCAAGCUCAAUGAUUCUGAGGCAAAGUGGCUGCAAGAGACCACUCACUCUUUCUACCUAAAUGAUGUGCGGUACAAGCUUGUUGAGCAGUUCAACAAAGAGACGCACGAGUUUGAGUUCAAAAAUGUCCUCCGGGCACUCGAAAUGCCAACAGUUUGAUCCUGUUACACUUCUUCCUCUGAAGGUUUUAUAUUCUUUUUCAGGGGAGAACCCGAUCAAUUGAAUCUUACAGCAGCACUAUGGAGAUGAAGCUUGAAAUGUUCUUCUGUUCCUUAGGUGAAUAUCUGUCCUUUAUCCGCACUUUGUGCCCUCUAUGCGCCCAAUCAUCAUAUACCUUUUUCUUUAUUUUUUUCAAUUUCAUUGUUUAACCUUUCCCGGAAUAAGUUACAGGCUUAGUCACUAACAUCGAGCGAAAGAGAUGUUUAUGUAACAUCUGCUUCUGUAUGUACUUUACAUAUAAGUCUGCACGCUUGUGCAGUUGCGGCAUGCAUUUAUCUGUUGAUUUACAUUUGACUUAUGGUACCCGGGAAUUUAAAUUGAACCAGCUCACCUUAUGUUGAGAGUACCAAUGGAAAUUUCAUGAGCUUGUGG